AUGGAGGGUUACGUCGAAGUCAUGGCCGAUGGCGGUACCGGCCAGAAGCUCACAUACGCCACUACGGUGGUUGCGGGCGUUGCAUCUGUGAUUGCGACAAUACUAUCGGUAAUCUCAAUAAUGUUGCAAGCCAAGAAUUAUCGCAAGCCUCUUUUGCAAAGAUACGUUGUCAGAAUCCUCCUCAUGGUGCCUAUAUAUUCGAUAGCGUCAUGGACCAGCAUGGUUUCCCUGAAAGCUGCCGCGUUCCUCGAUCCAAUUCGCGACAUCUACGAAGCAUUCACGAUCUAUACGUUCUUCCAGCUUCUCAUCAACUAUCUCAGCGGCGAGCGAUCCCUCAUCAUCAUGACACACGGUCGAGCCCCAGUGCAUCAUCUUUGGCCUCUCAAUCAUGUCCUCCCCAAGGUUGAUAUUUCUGAUCCUCACACGUUUUUGUCGAUCAAGCGUGGCAUCCUCCAGUAUGCUUGGCUGAAGCCUAUCCUUGCCACAUCGGCCAUCAUCAUGAAAGCGACAGGCACCUAUCAGGAAGGCUAUAUUGGCCUCACCUCAGGCUACCUAUGGAGUGGUAUUAUUUACAAUAUCAGUGUCACUGUCAGCCUGUACGCGCUUGGUCUUUUCUGGGUUUGCAUGAACAAAGACUUGAAGCCAUUCAGGCCUGUACCCAAAUUUCUCUGUAUCAAACUCAUCAUUUUUGCUUCAUACUGGCAGGGCUUCUUUCUCUCGAUUUUGGUCUUUCUUGGCGCUAUCCCCGAUGAUGUUGAGGGGUAUACAUCAGACAACCUUGCCGCGGCUAUCCAGGACGCUCUUAUAUGUGUAGAGAUGCCCAUCUUCGCAGUGGCCCACUGGUAUGCAUUUUCAUGGCACGAUUUUGCAGACAACAGCAUUCUGUCUGCACGCAUGCCGCUGCGACACGCUUUCAAGGACGCAUUCGGUAUUAGAGAUCUUAUUGAAGACUCCAAGUUAACCUUCCGAGGAGAUACAUACGGCUAUAGAGUUUUUGAUUCCGGCGACAAAGUAAUGGCUCAUGAAGAUUCCAAAUCUCGAUUAGCGAGACUUAAGGAAGGUAUGAGAUAUGAGCGUGGUGGAAAAGGGAAGUACUGGCUCCCCAAGCCAGGAGAGAUCAACUCCACCACACCCCUCCUUCGGGGAAAUGGUGAAUCGAGUGACAAUCGACCUGAUCAAAUCAACGAAAAUACACACGGCACUUUUGAGGAACCAGAGGUGGAUCCUGACGAAGACCGUCUGUAUGAACAAGCACGACAACUGGAGUAUGGCGACUGGAAUCCAUUGAGAGAGCGAUAUCGUUCUCCUGGAAGCUUUGGUGGGAGGUCUGCCUACAACAGUCCAUCUGUGAGGUCGCCUGCAGCGGAAUACCCACCUAACAACAAAGGGAAGCAAAGGAGUAGCGCGCAUACGCCUGCCCGGACCCCCCGAGUGGAACCUCAGGCCGAGUCUGUCGUCCCGAUCAAAAAGAAGAAGAAACCAAAGAAGGUUGUCAAACACGACGAACCGGACCCAAAUAAAUUGGGAUUAAACAAGGGGCCUCCUGCUCCCGUUGAAACUGUCCAGGUCGGUGGUCAUGAUGGACAGGCCAGUCCAGGAAACAAUGAGUCUAGGACUCUGAACGAUGGUGAAGAUCAAUCGGAGCAUCAGACAACCUCGAACUACGAGUCGCAUCAUGGAAUAGACGAGGAGGAGUUUCGAAAUGUUUGGGGGAGAGAUGAAGAAUCUAGAUAA